UUCUUAUUAAUCAGCAUUGUCCAAACACAAACGAGAUAAUUAGCAAUUCCAGUCCAGCUAAUGUCGAGUCCAGUCCCCAAAGAAACAGCUACUGUCGCUAUGGACAGUACGGUCGCCGGCUGCGACCAUGGCGACCGCGGGGGCGCCACGGUUCACCUCGUGAUGUUCCCCUGGCUCGGGUUCGGCCAUAUCGGCCCGUUCACGCAGGUGGCGCGCAAGCUCGUAACCGGCGGGAAGGGCGGGAUCCGCGUAACUUUCCUGAUGCCCGCCGCGAACAUACCCCGCGUCGAGGCCAUGCUUGCGUCGUCGGCCGCUGUCGUGACGAUCGUUCCGCUUCACCUGCCACACGUACCCGGGUUGCCCGCGGGUGCCGAGAGCACGCACGAGAUCUCACAAGAGGGCCAGGAGCUGCUGAAGGCAGCCCUCGACGGUACCAAGCCGCAGGUGGCCGCGCUGCUCGCCGAGCUGCGCCCGGACGCCGUGCUGAUCGACUUCGCCACCCCGUGGGUCUGCGACGUCGCCGCGCCGCUGGGCGUCAAGGUGAUCUACUUCAGCAUCUUUGCCGCCAUCGCGUUCGCCUACAUCACAAUCCCCGCUCGCCGCCUCCACGGGCCGCGCGUGUCCGUCCAGGACCUCAUGUCCGCCCCUGACGGCUUCCCGCCGGACUCAUCGCUCGCCACCGUGCCGACCUACCAGGCCGCCGACUUCACCUUCGCAUUCACCAGCUUCCACGGCAAGCCUUGCGUGUUCGACCGAGUAAUGGCCGGCCUCGAGGGAUGUGCCGGCUUCGUCAUGAAGACCUGCCCCGAGAUGGAGGGCCCUUACAUCGACUACAUCUCCUCCCAGCUCGGCAAGCCCGUGCUCCUUGCCGGACCAGUCGUGCCGGAGCCACCGCAAGGCGAGCUGGAGGAGCGGUGGACCAGAUGGCUUUCCUCCUUCCCGGACAACGCCGUCGUCUACGCUGCAUUUGGCAGUGAGACGUUCCUGACUGCGGACGAGGCAACGGAGCUCCUCCUCGGCCUAGAAGCCACCAAUCGGCCGUUCCUCGUCGUUCUGAACGUCCCCAAGGGUCCGGACGCCGAGGCGGAGCUCAGGGCGCGCAUUCCGGCGGGGUUCGAGGAGAGGGUGAAGGGGAGAGGGGCGGUGCACACGGGGUGGGUGCAGCAGCAGCACAUCCUGCGGCACCGCAGCGUGGGGUGCUUCGUCACCCACGUCGCGCUCAGUUCCGUGGUGGAGGGGCUGGUCGCGGGUUGCCGCCUGGUGCUGCUGCCGAUGAAGGGGGACCAGUACCCCAACGCCGCGCUGUUCGAGCACGAGCUUCGCGUCGGGGUGGAGGUGCCGCGGCGCGACGAGGAUGGGUGGUUCGGGCGCGAUGACGUGAGCAAGGCGGUGGACGCCGCGAUGGCGGACGGAGGUGAGAGGGAGGCGAAGAAAUGGAGGGAGUUCUUGACCGACGACGCUAUGCAGAAGAGGUACACAGACCAGUUCAUCAGGGAGCUGAAGGACCUGAUUAAGGCAUAAUUAAAAGAGAAUUUAAAACACAGGCGGGUACUAUGCACAUGAAUAAGUUAUUCAGUCUCCUAGUGUGAGUUGUCGAUAAAGAACUAUCAAGUAUGAACAAAACCAUCCCAGUUGAGGAAUUGGAUACAGCUGGAGGAAUCAUGGGAUACUGUACACAUGGUCAUUUUAGUCAUAUAGACAAGUGAGCUGGUUUGAUUAUGCAAUUCAGUUGCAUCCCUAGUAAUUCCUCUCAUAUAAUAAAUAAAGUGCUUGUAUGUGACAUUUUUAAUGGCCCCAA